AUAAUUAAUAAUAAAAAAAAAUAAAAGUACUUUGAAUGGACUAAUAAGAAAUAGAGUCUUUUUUAUCUUAAAUUUAUAAAAAUGAAACUCAAAUGCAAAGAAUGAUAAAAGAGGUUAAUUCCUUAUAUGAGUUAGAAUAAGAUUAAUAUUAGAUUGAGUUAAGUGAAGAAAACAAUGGAAUUAGUAUUUUAGUGGAAUUAUAAGAAUAACUUUUAAACAAUGAGCAAUUAAAAUAUUUACUUUAAUUUUAACCAAUCUAAUUUGAAAUAAUUUUGGAUUAAAAAUUUCCAUUCUCAUUGCCAAAAAUAUAUUGUCUAUCUACAUUUUCAUAGCCUACACUUGCUGAUGGACGUGAGUUACUUUAAAAUAUUUUGAAUAGCUAAUGGAGCCCUUAAAUACUUUUAUUUUAAAUAGUCUAAUAAUUGCCUGAAUUUUUAUUAUAAAUUAUUGAGAACUUAUAAAACAGAAAUUAUUUGAUAAACGUUGGAAAAUUCAUUAAUGGAGACCAAUAUAAUUUGGAACAGUUCAUUUAACUUAAUGAUAUAAACAUAAUUGAAGCGGAAUAAUAAGUGAAUAGUUAAAUAGUAGAAAGAUAUAUUGUUCUAUCAGAAUCUUAUUUCUUAAAUUUAGAAAUUGUUGAUAAGGAAUAGAAUAUAGUCAAGCUUUACUCGAAUUAUUAAUUGGGUUUUUUAAAUAAUAUUUAAAGAUAAAAUGAUGAUGAAAACAUGUUGACUUUUAAUUGGAAAGAUUCUAAUGAUGAUAAAAUAUUUGAAAUAUUUUCAGUAAAAUAAAGCUAAAAAUUGAUAGAAAUAAUAAUAUAAUAUAUGGAACAAAAUGGUGCUGAAAUAAAAAACCAAAAUUAAUUUUAAGAAAUCCCAGAAGAGUCAGUUACUUUAUAGUUUUAUUAAUCAGUUGAUAUUAAUUAAAUAUAAGAUGAUAUAUAUAAUUGUGAAUAACAAUUAAAAGAUAAUCUAACUUUAAAUAAUAUUAAUUUACUUAUGGAAUUAUAUUAAAAAGCAAUAGAAUAUUAUUCAGCCAUAAAUAAUAAUGUUUAUACAGAUUAUAUUCAAAGAUUAUAAUAAUUAUUAAGCUAAUCUGAAAUUCAAGAAGUUUUAAAAACAGAAGAAUAAUCUUUAAUUAUGGAAAGAAGUAAAUCUAAUGAAUUACAAUAAAAAAUGAAUACUCAAUAAGAGCAGAUAAAUGAAAAGCUAUAAUAAAACAAAUAUUAAGAAUAAUAAAUAAAGACAUAAUAACAAGAAUAAAAUUUAAAAUAAUAAGAAAAUAAAUAAAUAGAAUUAUAACCUAUUUCAAAUGAAUCUGAAAGUAAAAAUUAAGAAAAAGAAGAAGAAAAAUAAAAUUCAGAAAAUUCUUCUGAAAAUUUAAAAAAAAAUCAUUAACUAGAAUAAUAAUAAGAAUAAGAUAAAUAAGAUUAAUAGGAAUAAUAAGAAUAAUAGGAAUAAUAGAAAUAAUAAGAAUAAUAAAAAUAAUAAGAAUAAGAAUAAGAAUAACAAGAAUAAUAGAUAUAGUAAGAAUAAUAGGAAUAAUAAUAAUAAUAGGAAUAAUAAUAAUAAGAAGAAUAAUAAGAAUAAUAGUAAUAAUAGGAACAAUAAGAAUCAUAAGAAUAAUAAGAAUAAUAAGAAUAAUAAGAAUAAUAAGAAUAAUAAGAAUAAUAAGAAUAAUAAGAAUAAUAAGAAUAAUAAGAAUAAUUAGAAUAAUAGGAAUAAUAAUAAGAAAAAUAAGAAAAAUAAGAAAAAUAAGAAAAAUAAGAAAAAUAAGAAAAAUAAGAAAAAUAAGAAAAAUAAGAAAAAUAAGAAAAAUAAGAAAAAUAAGAAUAAUAAGAAUAAUAAUAAGAAUAAUAAUAAGAAUAAUAAGAAUAAUAAGAAAAUGAAAGCAUUGUAAGUUAAACAACAGAAACAACUGAAACUUAUGAAGGUGAACAAAAAAGCGACUAAAAAAAAAAGAAAGCCCCCCCAUCAAGGGUAUCAAAAAAGAAAAAAUGA